AUGUCCAGACCUCUCGCUCAGCUCCUGCCGCCGGAUCUUCCCGCGGGGGCCAGCCCCCAGUUCGGGGCCUCCAACCCGGCCUCGAGCGGCCCCCCGGGUGGACACCUGACGUCCAUGUCCAAUCUCAAGUCCCUCCUCCAGCUGCCAAUCAAAGCAGACCAGAGAGGCGCCAAAGACUGCUGCGAGAUGAAAGAUAAAGACAAACCUCUGGACUCGGAUGAGGAUUCGUUAGGAUUGGGCAGUGGCGGGCCCGGCGGUGGCGGCCUGGGCUCGGCCGCCCUGCGGCCCAAUUCGCAGUCGGCCUUUCUGGGCCCGCUGUUGUGGGAGCGAACGCUGCCCUGCGACGGCGGCCUCUUCCAGCUGCAGUACAUGGACCUGGAGGAGUUCCUGACCGAGAAUGGCAUGGGCAUGCACGGAAACGGGCCCAGCUCCACCAGCGCGCAGAUCCCCUCACAGAGCUCGCAGUCGGCGGUGCCCAAUCAGAGUUCGCAGUGCCCGCCCGGCUCGCCUUCGCCGUGUUCGUCGUCUUCCUCCGUGUCGUCGUCCUCGUCCUCACUGCUGGGAUUGGAGACCGUCCAACCGCAGCCGCCGCCUCAGCAGCAAGGCAUGAUGGGAGGACCUGAGUGUCUUCACGGCGGUCAGGUGGUGAACCAGGAUGCUUCCCCGAGCUCGAGUGGCCAGUCCGGGUCGUCAGCGACUUCGUCCAAUGGCGGCGGCGACAUCCAGGUGAACUUUGACCCCGACCCGGCCGACGUGGCGCUGUCUAGCGUUCCGGGCCAGGAGGCCUUCGACCCGCGGCGCCACCGCUUCAGCGACGAGGAGCUUAAGCCCCAACCCAUGAUCAAGAAGGCCCGCAAGAUGCUGGUGCCCAAUGAGCAGAAGGACGAGAAGUACUGGAGCCGUCGCGUGAAGAACAACGAGGCGGCCAAGCGCUCGCGGGACGCGCGUCGCCUGAAGGAGAAUCAGAUCUCGGUGCGCGCCGCUUUCCUGGAACGCGAGAACGCCGCGCUGCGCCUGGAGGUGGCCGACAUGCGCAAGGAGCUUGGACGCUGCCGCAACAUCAUCGACAAGUACGAGAGCCGCCACGGCGACCUGUGA